AUGACGUCUCCUGUUGCUUUGACAACCUGUGAUGGGAUAAUGGGUCCAAGAUUAGAGAUGUACUACCUUCAAUCACAGACUAUUGGAAGAGAACAACUGAAAAUGAAGGAUCAAUCAUUGAGAAAACUACAGCAGGAAAUGGACAGUUUGACAUUUCGAAAUCUGCAGCUUGCCAAGAGGGUAGAACUACUUCAAGAUGAAUUGGCUCUAAGUGAACCCCGAGGCAAGAAAAACAAGUUCUCACAAUACCUUCAUGAAAAUGCAUCCUACGUCCGCCCUCUUGAGGAAGGAAUGCUUCAUUUAUUUGAAAGUAUUACUGAGGAUACUGUGACUGUCCUGGAGACAACUGUGAAAUUGAAAACUUUCUCAGAGCAUUUAACCUCUUACAUAUGUUUUCUAAGGAAGAUUCUUCCUUAUCAGUUAAAAAGUUUAGAAGAAGAAUGUGGAUCUUCUCUUUGCACAUCUGCAUUGAGAGCCAGGAAUCUAGAGCUGUCUCAGGACAUGAAAAAGAUGACAGCUGUGUUUGAGAAGCUGCAGACUUACAUCGGUCUUCUUGCCUUGCCAAGUACAGAGCCAGAUGGACUCCUUCGGACAAACUACGGUUCUGUCUUAACAAACGUUGGUGCUGCUCUGCAUGGAUUUCAUGAUGUCAUGAAAGAUAUUUCUAAACAUUACAAUCAGAAAGCUACAAUAGAGCAUGAACUUCCAACAGCAACACAGAAGCUCAUUACGACUAAUGACUGUAUCCUGUCAUCAGUAGCAGCAUUAACAAAUGGAGCAGGAAGGAUCGCAUCUUUCUUCAGCAACAACGUGGACUACUUCAUUGCUUCUCUGAGCUACGGGCCUAAAGCAGCGAGUGACUUCAUUAGUCCUCGUUCAGCUGAAUGCAUGCUGCAGUACAAGAAAAAAGCUGCUGCCUACAUGAAGGCUCUGAGAAAGCCCCUUGUGGAGUCUGUGCCUUACGAAGAAGCACUGGCCAACCGCCGGGUCCUUCUUAGCUCUACGGAAAGUCGAGAAGGCCUUGCCCAACAGGUUCAGCAGAGUUUGGAAAAGAUCUCUAAACUGGAGCAGGAAAAAGAACAUUGGAUGUUGGAAGCACAGUUAGCCAAAAUCAAGCUGGAGAAGGAAAACCAGCGAAUUGCAGAUAAGCUGAGGAGUACGAGCAGUGGACAGGCGCUUGGGCUGGCCCAGGAAAAUGCCACCGGCGUGAAUGCGGCGAGCCGGGAAGAAGCCUCAGCCAAGGCUGUGCUGGAGCCUGCUCACAGCACCAGUCUGAUUGGGAUUUUAACCAGGACAUCUGACAAUGAGCUUCCAGAUGUGGAAUCUCGUGAAGACUUAAUUAAAAAUCACUACAUGGCCAGGAUAGUGGAGCUGACUUCUCAACUACAGCUGGCUGACAGUAAGUCAGUGCACUUUUAUGCUGAGUGCCGAGCGCUCUCGAAGAGACUGGCCUUGGCUGAAAAGUCUAAAGAGGCACUGACAGAAGAGAUGAAAGUAGCGGGUCAGAGCAUCAGCAGACUUCAGGAUGAGCUGACAACUACCAAGAGGAGUUACGAGGAUCAGUUAAGUAUGAUGAGUGACCACCUAUGCAGCAUGAACGAGACAUUAUCUAAACAGAGAGAAGAGAUUGACACACUGAAGAUGUCCAGUAAGGGAAAUUCUAAAAAGAACAAGAGUCGAUAGUUUACACAUAGAUGGUUGGCGACUUCUUUCCAAAGCUGCUACUGUUGCACGGAGCUACAGGACCCAGACCCCUCGUCCAGUGUCCAGUGCUGGCCGCCUUCAGGAAGUUGGGGUGUUGUCGGACUUAGUAAACUAGUCAGUGUUGUAAAUGGCCUUGAAACAUUUAAAAUAUAUUUGUAACCAGUAAGGCAAAUACAGAAUUUAAUGUUGACAGUAAAAUGGAGAACAAUACAUGUACCAUGGAUAUUGUAGGUUUCCUUACGCAGUUUUUACUGUGCACUUUUUAAAAUUAGGUUUUAAUUUCAGUAUGUAAGAACAACAGAUAUUUUGUAUAUUUUCAAACUCAAUUGUAUGGUAAUCGAUUUGGUAUCUAUGAAAUAGAUCUAUGUUUCUGGAUAAAAUGCUUAAAUUGUCCAACUGUCAUGACUUCUUGCUAUAAUUGGAAGCAGUCUCCAGAUUCUUUUUGAAGACUUACUCAUAUUUUCUCUCUCUCUCUCUCUCUCAGAGGGGGUGGGUCUUGCAGACUUAACUUCAGAUCUUGUGGGUUUAUUAUCAUUGUCUUCAGCUCUUCAGUACUUUCUCUGUGUUGGAAUAAUAGCUUAAGGAAAUUGAUGUCAAUAAAUUCAUACUUCUGUCAAACUUUCAGGCUAUGAAAAUUUGAUAAGGGAAACUGAAACCUAUUAAAGUAUGUUUUAUAAAAGUUACAAAAUCCCAGUGGACUUAGAUAUGACCUUUCUGAUUCCCCAGAUUGUCACAAUUGUCUGGUCAAUCCUUUAUUAAGGCUUUGAGUUUUGCCUUAACAGGUACCUGCCAUCAUACUUCAGGCUCUUCUUGGUUUAGUUCAUCAACAUUGUAUCAUUUCAGUGUCAACCUCAGGGGUAUCUCUCCCAGCAUUCCCUAAAUAUAUUGCUCCUUUCUUCCAGCUGCUUGUACCGGCCCAUUCCACCCCAUGUUCAAGUCCCCAGAUUUGCUCAGGUGUUCCUAAAACCCCUCCUCCCCACCUCCGUACCUGCUGCAUCUCCUUUGAACCUCCUCGCUAGCCAGUUGCUAGUCACCCUCCAAAAUGUUUUAUUCUGCUCUGCCUGAGAGCUCAUUACCAGCUUCCCUCUGUGCUCAGCACAAAGGCCAACUCUUUGGCCUCUCCUGCCUGGUGUAGAGAGAGACCCAGUCCUCAUAGUCAUGACAGUGUUGGGAUCCUGCCUUGGGGACCUCUGAGUGAAUCAACUCAGUCCCAUUCUGCUCGGCCUGUCUGGGCUUGGCCCCUUAGCCCUUUCUGUUUUUGUGACCUGCUCAUUUCUAGUUCUCUAACAGUUGGACCAGCUGUCUUCACUGCAGCUGAGUCUAGGCCCCCAAACACUGUGGGGAAAAGAGCAAAUGACCAUUCUGAUUAGCUCCCUCAUAAACUUAGGCUUUCCAGCUCCUGUCUGGCCUGCAGUGUUCUGUGACAGUCCUUGUGGCAUUUCUAGUCUGUUUCUAUGCCUCCUUUGGAGGGUUUGGGACAGAGAAGUCCUUCCGGUGACUGCCUUAUCCCUGUACUUACCACUGCAACCCAACUCUCAAAAGACUUGUCUCUUCUGUCUAGGCCUCUUAGGGCAUGGAAAGUGCAAAGUGAGAGGUGAUUCUAGUCUAGGUACAGAAUCGGGACUUAGAUAGUUGCCUGAAGUCCAUGUGGGAGUGAAACUAAAAUGGAAAAAAAGAAAAAGGAAAAAAGUAUUUAAUCAUGCAUUGCUUCCUGCAGAAGAUGGAGUCUUCAGAACUUAUUGCAAUGACAUGUCCUACUUUUUCCUGAUGAUGUACUACUUGCUAACUGUUGAAAAUUUGGAAAAUGAGGAAAAGUAUCAAGAGCAUACAUUUCAUUAGAGAUUCAGCCAUUAACGUUUUUUGUUUAUCCCUGCUCUUUUUUCAGGCAUAUGUAAAGAUGCAUGUUUUUAAUCAAAAUUGGGAUUAUAUGAAAUUCCAAGUGAAGAAAAAAAGGCUCUUUAAUAGGAAAGGGAUAGUGGUUAGCCUGCGGCACAACUCAAGGUGGCGCUGUUCACCUGAGCAGCCCUGGCUAGGCUGAGACUCCCCAGGCACAACUUGAGGAACUGAUGAACAGUAUGUGUCUUGUUCUAUCACUUUAAACACCACCCCUCGUUAUGCUGUGGUAAGCAAUACUGUUCACCUUUCAAGCUGAUAAAACUGGAUUCUCCAUUGCUUUUGGUAAGAAACUAAGUCUAUCAUAAGUUAAACUAACAGAUACUUUUAAUAACAUGACCAUUUUCCAAAUUCAUUAUCCAUUAAAUUGAAACAAAACAAAUACGCAGCCACACUAUUUCUGAACAAAAAUGUGAGAAAAAAUAAGUAAAACGAGGAGCCAGUUAGCUAAGAAAGCCAGCGAAACAGCGAGCAAAAAAAUUCUUUCCACAGGACUAUGAAUUAAAGUCCUUUAUAAUAAAAAUCCCCAGACAGAAAAAUGUACCGUUUAUAGUUUUGUUUUAUGCAGAAUUAAACCUGGAAGUUACUUCCAGCUCUUAAAAGCCUUCAGACUCCUCUGUAACUUUAACAUAUGAAGAGAGCCACUUGGUUGGUGAUGGCUAAGAAACCAUCUGGCAGAGCCGCCCUGACUAGGAGGUGUCUGUUCUGUGAUGGUGGAGGCAGCUUCUGUUCUCGGCUAAGGGCCAUGUCCUCGGCCACCGUGGUGAUAAAUGGAAAGCCUGUCAGUAGAUGGUUGCCUGUGCCUUAAAUUUUUAGGCAGCUCAGUAAUUAGCUCCAAAUUAGGAAAUUAACUGGCAAUCAAAGCAUUAGAGCAGGAAAACCCGUGAUAGCUCUCCCGAAUCUUUGAAAGAAAAGGCUAUUCAGCAUCAGAAUAACUUUUCCUAAGGAGAGGAUUAGAAGAAUGGACUCCUGGUGGAAACAGGCUGGGGGCUCUUGUCUUGUUUGUGGGCAUAGGGGUCUUGAAAGGCACGUCCACUUGGAACCUUUGUGUUUGUUUUACCAGGAGCUUUAAUCUGAACCCACUGCUCCCUAAACACCAUUGGAAUAGCUGAGUGGUGACAUACCGUUGGUCCAAGAAUAGAAACCACACAGUUCAGUUAACUAACAAAGAACACAGUGUCACUCAGGGCUUGCUCAGAUGCUAAGGCAUAUUCACCCUCUCUUCAGCUUUCUUUUAUUUCUUCAGAACACCUCUUCUGUUAAACUAGCAACAUACCUCAUGCAGUCAUCAUACUGUGUGCCGUCUCCCUGAGCAGCUACAGAUGCCAUGAGGCAGGAGCCAUGCUUUUAUCCAUACUUUCCCACAGUGCCUAGCAGAAUGUUUUGUAGCAGGUGGCCAAGAAAUACUAAUUGGAUACAUUUUAGGAAGCAGGCCAAGGGACUGGCCAACUGUAUAGCUCAAGCCACAGCUAAGAGUAUCCCAUCCCCAGGAUAAAGGAUAGCCAGCCUUGGGCCAUUCUGAAGGAAGUGAUCAUCCCCGUAACCAUCAUUGGUUUUGAUUGACAUUCUCAGUGAAGAUGUGUUUAUCUCUGGAAAUUUCUAUCCAAAGAGUAUUCAGGUUUCCUCAUGGAGAAAGUUGUUUAAAAAUCGUGUAUUCUUCAAACAUCAGGUCAGAAUGCAUCAUACAGGUAAAACGGUGAUUUUUUCCCCCCGUUUCAUUUUCACUUUUGUUGAAGCCAUCCACUGGGUAAUAUUUUUUUGAAUAUAGUUUUCCAAAAGCCCUCCCGCUAUUUUGAAUGAAUGUUGUAAUAUAAAUAGAGAUUUGUAAAGUUUUUAGAGAGGAAUGUUUUUAUCAAGUUUUUAGGGCUAAGCUUGUCCUAAAUCUGAAGUCCUCACUUUUCCCAACCAUGUCCCCUGCAGGCAUUUCUGCAAACUGGUUUGAGUUUAUAUUAAUGGAUCCUGACUGUUUCAGCUGAUUUGAGUUUUGUGGAAUUCCAAGUUAAUCUACUAGGUCAUAUCUGCAGACACUUUGGGGACCCUUUGUUAAACAGCACGAAAGUUUUAAAUGAUUUCUGUGAAGCCUGCCAGGAAAAGAAAAACUGUUAAUAAAAAGGAGAAUGAGUUA